CACAGAAACGUCAGUCUGUUGUUACACGCUCCCGAUACCGGAAUUAUUUCUGAGGGGGGAAAAAAAUCCCACAACAUACGAAGCCCAGAUCAGAUAUCAAAUGACGCGCCUGGCACAAUCUUUGUUUUUUGCUCCACCUCUGCCUGUGUUUUGCCUGCAUUCUUCAAAAACCGCCACACCUGUUUCAUGUUGAGAAGCGAAACUGUUACAAAAAAAAAAAGCUGAUUGUACUGGUUUUUAUUCACAGGGAUCACACUGAUCAAGUUCACAAUGCAACUUUACGGAGCUCUGGUCCUGUUUUUUACUUUCUCUGCUGCGUGUGGACUGAAAUGCUACUUAUGUGCAUUAGCUGAUCCUAAGUCCUGCACAGGCACAGCGACUUGUCCUGCAUCUUUUGACCGAUGUUUCUCUCAACAGCCAGAAGGAACGAAUUUGGUUACCAAGGGAUGCAUGCCCAGCCAAUUAUGCAUUGCAUCCAUAACUUGCUGUGAAGGGGACCUGUGCAACAGUGGCGUACCAACUGCAGACGGUGCCGUACCAACUGGCCCCGGCGUCAUCCUGCUGCUGAUUUCUUCAGCUCUUAUCACUCUCUUUAUUUAAGGCUCUGAAAUGUUGCUCCUGUUUUGGUCUAUAGUUUGAUCUCUCAGCAGCUAUGUUGAGGUGACACCAAAAAAAUUUAGUCAGGGCAAACAUGUUGCAUCAUGUAAUAGAGGUAUCUCCUGUAAACAAAAAAAUAAAUAAAUAAAUAAAAAAUAAACAAUAAUUGCAUGUAAGCCAUGAAUGAAUAAAUUACUCAAUCUAUUAA